AAAUCCAAUCUAUUUAUUAUUGUCACUUUCAAAAUACAAAACCAACCAAACAAAACAGGUAAAAUAAUAGGUGGUACCAUUUGAAGGAAAGAUACAAUAAAUGAAUAAAUGAUAUAUAAGGAUGCUGCAUCAGGUUCUGCCACUUAAAAGAUCUUACAUUGUCAAAACACAAAAUCAUCAAACACUUAAAACUGUAUUUUUAGAUCCACAAUCUAGAAUUUAUUUUGGUCAGAAACCAUAUAGUUUUGUGGUAUGACAAAGCAUGACAGAUUAGAUGUCUUCAAAAAACUUGGGUUCCAGGUAUGCUAACAACACAUACUUUUUUUUUUUUUUUUUUUUGAGAUGGAGUCUCGCUCUGUCGCCCAGGCUGGAGUGCAGUGGCGCAAUCUCGGCUCACUGCAAGCUCCGCCUCCCGGGUUCACGCCAUUCUCCUGCCUCAGCCUCUCCGAGUAGCUGGGACUACAGGCGCCCGCCACCACGCCCGGCUAAUGUUUUUUGUAUUUUUAGUAGAGAUGGGGUUUCACCGUGGUCUCGAUCUCCUGCCCUCAUGAUCCGCCCGCCUCGGCCUCCCAAAGUGCUGGGAUUACAAGCGUGAGCCACCGUGCCCGGCAACACAUACAUUUUCUAUUAUUCCCUGUACCCCUUAUACCCAGCCUGUUGGAGGAAACUAAGAUUAAAUAUGUAAAAAGGCAUAAAGGCUGAAGCCUCUCAACGAAGCUUUUAAACUGAAUUUUUAAAUUUCCUUAAAGCCCAACAGAGGGCUCCCAUCCUUCAUUAAAAACAACAAUUAGGCUGCGUCAUUAAAUUCUCCUUCUGGCCUAUUUACCUCCUCUGAAGAAUUUUUUGUCUCUUUGUACUAUCUAAUGGGAAAAAUUGGCAAAUUGGCAUGAAGAAUAUUGUGAACUCAAAAACCCCGUCUUAUAUCCAAGGCUUACUAAUUUUGAGGUUUUUUUUUUUUUUUUUUUUGAGAUGGAAUCUUGCUCUGUCACUCAGACUGGAGGGCAGUGGCACGACCUCGGCCCACAGCAAUCUCCACCUCCCAGGUUCAAGUGAUUCUCCCACCUCAGCCUCCCGAGUAGCUGGGAUUACAGGCACCCGCCGCCACACCCAGCUGAUUUUUGUAUUUUUGUAGAGACGGGGUUUCACCAUGUUGGCUAGGCUGAUCUUGAACUCCUGACCUCAGGUGAUCCGCCCGCCUCAGCCUCCCAAAGUGCUGGGAUUACACAUGCGAACCACAGCACCCAGCCAAUUUUGAGCUUUUUCUAUGUGCUCUUUCUCAUUUAUCAUUACCUGGAAAGUUUGAGGUACUUAUUCUUAGCAUAAUAAAUGUUCUUUUUUCUUCAAGACUCAGACUAGAGAAACACAGCUGAAUAUUCUAAAUUCAAUGAAAUCAACUCUUUAAAAUCAUUACAUGUGGUCUGAAUCCAAAUCAGACAAGAUCUAAAGAAAAUCAAAAAGUGCAUAAUUAUCUUUAAGUCUUCUUGGGUUUGUACGUGUGUUAACAAUGGGGAAAUGAGAGUGGCUUCUGGUGCUCUGGGGUGAGCUAUGCCCGGCUGCAGGGAUGGCGGGGAGAAGGAAGCUCAUCGCAGUGAUCGGAGACGAGGACACGGUGACUGGUUUCCUGCUGGGUGGCAUAGGGGAGCUUAACAAGAACUGCCACCCCUAUUUCCUGGUGGUGGAGAAGGAUACGACCAUCAAUGAAAUCGAAGACACUUUCCGGCAAUUUCUAAACCGGGAUGACAUUGGCAUCAUCCUCAUCAACCAGUACAUCGCAGAGAUGGUGCAGCAUGCCCUGGACACCCACCAGCACUCUAUCCCUACAGUACUGGAGAUCCCCUCCAAGAAGCACCCAUAUGAGGCCGCCAAGGACUCCAUCCUGCGCAGGGCCAGGGGCAUGUUCACUACCAAAGACCUGUGCUAGGGUCUUCGUGUGAGGACUCCUCACAGCCCUCAGCCAUUCCCUCAUUUCCAGCCCUCUCCCCAGGCUUGCCAUCAGCCUUCUUUACAUUUUGAGCCUCUAAUUUCCAAGUCCCUGCCCCUUCCCACUCCAUUAAGAGGCUAGGUGAGGCGCUUCUAGGUUGCUGGGGCUCUGCUGUUAAAAUCAAGGCUGGUUAAGGAACACGAAGCCUGACCAUCUCUCUCCACUACCUCUUCCCUGUGCUGUUACACAGUGUCAUUGUUGAUGUUAAAUUAAAGUCAUAUUCUUGCUUCUCUCCAAAAGAAAAAGAA